UCGGGGUUAGAGGUCAAAUCAGAAAACAUGGCGGCUUCGGGCAAAGCGACCGUGGUCUUAAAGGCUGUGAAGAAAAUAGCGAUUCAGUUUUGUCCGUUUGAGUCUAAUGUUCGGUCCACAAGGGAGUUUCUGACCAUGGUGGGCUCGGAGAAGGCCAGAGCCACCAACAUGAACUGUGAGGUGAUAUCGAUGGUGAAACACGACAAGUCUGAACCCCUGGUGGAUAUUACUUACUUAGACGGAGACAGGCUGCUGUUGAAAGGAGCCAAGUUGACGGGCGGCGAGAUGCUGAAUGCUUUUCAGUCAGUGUGUGCGGCCAAGGACCUGCAGGCAAAGGUUGCAGCAAAGAAAUGAUGAUCCUCACGUUAAAUCUGUGUGCAGAAUGAAUUUGUAUUUAGCUGUGUAUAUUUGGUAUUUUCUUUAUUAAAGUAAUUCAUUUAAAUGUG